UUGAGCCAAACAUGCUCUUAUACGGUCCGUUGACCACUGAACUCCGAUUUAGGCACCAACAAGUUCUUUUCCGUCCAGUCCAGAAUACUGAUUCCAUUCUGUCUUCAAACUUUGAAGUUCAAAGUGCGAAUCUCGUUGGUGUGGAGGAGAGUCCAAAAGGUCACGAGAUGGAAACAAGAUUGGGGAAAAUUAGGGUUUUCGUUUAAGAGCCACAAGUAGAUAAUCAACUGCUGGAGAGUUACUAUUACAAUUUUACAAUGACCGACCAUACAACUGAAAGUCCUACGCAUAGUUUGGAAAAAGCAACAUAUUAUCUCAUACAGAACAACAAAAUUUGCCCCAAGUUUUAUACCAGUGUCAAGCGUAGGAGGCUCAUAUCUCUAAACACUCAAGAGAUUUUCAAUAGUCUUGUUGGAAUUUAUGGGAAACAAUUCCUCUCACAAUGGCGGGUCUUUAGAGAUAUCCAUGAUGUGUUUUAUCCGCAUUCUACUGUCGUGACUGCAGCAUCAGAAACCCUUGCCAGAGUCUACAUUUCUCAUUGGUUUGUCGACUUGUACAUUUCCAUUAGAGAUGCCUGUAAUCUCACUCCGCCAACACCAUUUUUGGAAUCAAUUGUAGGAAAGACGACUCGUUACUCAACUGUGUAUGAUGCCUUCUUGAGAGAAGUAAAUGCUUCCAUAAGACCUACACGCAUCGUUGGUACAAUGGAUAGUUCAAUAUUUAUUCCAGUUAUUGCCGACAAUUCUAAGAUCGACAAUCUUGAAAACCCGUUUGCUAUUAAUGGCUUCAUUCUCAACGCAGAGUUUUUCUACGGCAUUUUGUCUGCAAUGCAGAGGAAGAAAACUGGGUGGCACAUGUCUGUUCUAUCAACUGAAGCAACUGGUAGACCUUUCUGGUUAUUAGACUGGCACAACUAUGACGAAGUAUGUGCAUGGUUUCCUUUUGGGGAAAAUUUCAAUUUUGAGGAUGUAACCUUAGCUUACAUUGUCGGAGUACCAUGUACUCCUAAUCUUGGUUAUAGAGAUGUCGAUGAGUGGCAACCAGCUUUGCCUGACGAAGACUUCAACAACAUCGAGCAUCGCCACUACAGUCGCAUACGGUUGCAAACGUACUUUGGAGGAUAUGAAGUUAGAACAAUUGAAAGUAAAGGACACACAUGGACUAUACCUCACCCAUGUCAAAAUGUUCUGACAAAGGAAGGAGUAGGUAUCAAGCGUCCACGUACUGAGACGAGCACAACAAAGGAUCUUACUUCAAGACCCUUACAGCAACAGAUGGCGGAUUCAGGUAAUUCAGUGAACAUGGCUACUGCGAUGAAAAAAAAGAGUAUGGUUAGAAUCACCAACUGGGUGUACUUCUGCCGCGUCAUAUUGAAGUUAACUGAUGAAUCAAGAUCAACCUGCUUGUGGAUGAUUACCAUGGACAAAGCUUCUUCUGCCGUGAAUAGAUAAAUUAGUGAUUUCUUGUUUUAGUUUAACCGAGUCUACUUGAAACACUGAACGGUAAGUUCAGGCGAACAAGUGUGGCCGCUGAUUUUGCAAGACUGGUAUACCCAAGAAUUAAGUACUCUCGAGUACGUUAUCUUUACAGGUUGAAGAACUAACA